UCCACUGAGGGUCUGGGUAAGGACGAAGGCCCAGAGGGAAGUGGCGGCGUAAUGGGCCAUACAAAUGAGGACCGCCAUCCCAGGCCAACCAGGGACAAUCUCACAGCCCAGCCAGAUGAGGCCUUACCUAGAAUGGACAUCAUGGAGCCCAGAACUCCACCAGCACCGAAACGACCCCUCCCACAGCACCACUUGCACAGCACCUCCUCUCUUGCGCUGCCCCGUCCAAACUCAGUGGCAGCAACAAGCUCCACUCGACUAGAGGAUUUGGGUUAUCUGGACAGUCAAAGGGCUACUGGGCACAGAGGCUCUGUCCGCAAACACAACACAUCUGGACGCACAAGUGAUGACUCCAAAGGGCGAUUGGUACCAUUCAAACAAGCUGACAUCAUGCUAAAACCGCUUCUAUUUGAAGUCCCCGGCAUCACCACGGAAACACCUUUCGUUGGCCGGGAUUGGCUCUUCACGCGUCUGGAGGAGGUCCUUAGAAAAACACGCAGCUGUGAGGGACGCGGCGCUGUCAUUGUGGGUAAUGCAGGAUCUGGCAAGACCGCCGUCAUCUGGAGGCUGGUGACGCUCAGCUGUCACGGCAUGCGUACAUCACUGGGAGGUCCCAGCAUCCCUCACAGCCCCGGCUCCUCCCCUAAGUGUGGGGAUAGGCAGGGAAAAGCAGCCUCCAAGCAGCCGGCUGAUUCCCAUCCCAACCAGGGCACCGUUUCAGGCACAAGCGAUAGCACACCACUGAGGAAGGAGGCUGUCAGAUCCUUGGCUGCCAGGGUGGUCGCCUACCAUUUCUGUCAGGCCGACAACACAUACACGUGCCUGGUGCCGGAGUUUGUGCACAGUGUCGCCGCCCUGCUGGCCAGAGCGCCACAGCUCGCCCCAUACAGGGAGCUGCUAAUACAAGAGCCUCACCUACAAAACACGCUGAGCUUACGUUCCUGCGUUCAAGACCCCAUUGCUGCCUUCCGAAAGGGUGUCCUAGAGCCCAUAGCCAGCCUGCGCAAGGAACGGAGGCUACCUGAAGAAGACUACAUCAUUUUGGUUGACAGUCUAAAUGAGGCUGAAUUUCAUAAGCCAGACUACGGGGACACCAUAGCCACCUUCAUCACCAAAAUAAUCCCCAAAUUCCCCCACUGGCUUAAGUUGGUGGUCACAGUCAGGACAGGCCUCGUGGAUAUCACCACGCUCCUUCCGUUCUCUGGUAUUUCGCUGGACAUCCUGCCAGACAGCAGCGAUCUGGGAGCCGACCUGAGUGACUACAUCCAUCACCGGGUCAGCAGCAGCACCCAGAUUGCCGCUAAUGUCACCACGCCAACAGGUUCUGCCCCUGAUCCUCUGCUCCUGAGCAAAUUCAGUAGCCAUCUGUCAACACGGAGCCAUGGCUCCAUCCUCUAUCUUCAGCUGACCCUGGAUCUGUUCCACAAAGGCCAUCUGGCGCUGAAGGGAGGAAACUACCUGGUCGUGCCUGUCUCUCUGUCAGAGGUGUACCUGCUGAUGUGUCGUGUGAGCUUUCCGGAUAAAGAGCUCUUUGAGCGGGUGCUUCCGGUGCUAAAUGUGGCACUGGCGUCUCUGCACCCACUGGCUGAUGAGCAAAUGUUCAGAGCACUGAACGCAGGCAGUGUCAAGGGGGAGCUGGAGUGGAAGGACUUCCAGCAGAGAUUAGACAGCCUGGCUGGGUUCAUGGUGAGACGCAGAGACGGCACACGGAUGCUGUGUCAUCCCUCCUUCAGAGAGUGGUUGGUUUGGCGAGCUGAUGGAGAAAGCAGCGAUUUUCUCUGUGACCCCAGGAGCGGCCACGCUCUCCUGGCAUUCAUGUUCUCCAGACAGGAGGGAAAGCUCAACAGGCAGCAGACUAUGGAACUGGGGCACCACAUCCUCAAGGCUCACAUAUUCAAGGGUCUGAGUAAGAAGACAGGUGUGUCCUCCAGCGUUCUGCAGGCCAUGUGGGUAAACUGCAGCACCGACAGUUUGUCUGCUGCACUGGCCUCCCUGCGAAACCUAUAUACACCUAAUAUCAAGGUGAGUCGUCUGUUAAUGCUCGGUGGCGCUAGCGUGACCUGGUGUACGGAGGUGAUAGGACACGCUCCCAUCCUGGCUGUGCAUGCCCACCUGGGUCAUGUAGAGAUGGUCGCUCUGCUGCUUGAAAUGGGCGCUCCUGUAGAUGGUACCACCGACAGCGGCAUGACGCCCCUGUGUCUGGCUGCCGCCGCGGGACACGCCGACAUCGUCAGCCUGCUCUGCAAGAAAGGGAGCAAGGUGAGCCAUGCUGAUAAGAGUGGCCAGUGUGCGCUGGUCCACGCCGGGCUGAAGGGUCAUGUAGAAAUCAUCAACAUCCUGCUGGGCCAGGAUUGGGGAGAGGAGAUUCCCACUGACCCGCAGCAGCACCACAGCGGUGAGACUGUGACCGGAAAAACACAGGCGGCACAGCAGGCAGCUACAGCGGCAGCCGGCGUGGGGCACACACAGGUGGUGAAAAGCUUGCUGGACUUGAAAGAUGAACAGCUGGCGGUGCAGAUGGACGCUCACGACUCACUCUGGGGAGAAACGGUGCUGAGUGCAGCAGCAGGGAGAGGGAGGCUCGAGAUGUGUGCGUUCCUCCUGGAGCGGGGGGCAGGGCUCGAGGAAGCAAACCGCAGAGGAAUGGUCCCUCUGCUUAGUGCUACCAAACAUGGACACACACAGGUUGCCGAGCUGCUACUGAAGCAAGGUGCAGACAUCAACGCCAUUGAUAAGCAGGGACGCUCUGCGCUGAUACUGGCCGCCUCUGAGGGCCACGCAAGCACGGUUGAACUCCUGCUGUCAAAGGGUGCUUCUCUGUCCUCUGCUGAUCAGGAGGGGCUGACUGCACUUAGCUGGGCCUGCAUGAAGGGCCAGAAAGGUGCAGUGCAGGUUCUGGUGGAGGCAGGAGCUGACCUGAACCAUCCAGACAGACAGGGGCGGACUCCGCUUGACCUAGCUGCCCUUAACGGGGAUGCAGAUACAGUGCAUUGCCUGGUGGAAAAUGGAGCGGUGCUGGAGAGAGCUGACAACAGUUCCAGAGGUUCAGAUCGAGCGACUGGCUGCCAGAACCCAGCGCUGGUGGCGUCACUGCUUAAGAAAGGAUCCAAAAUGGGCUACAGAACAGCUCCGCACGAUCGAUCAGGUCAUGCUACGUGGGCUAUGGCUUCCUCCAAACCAGACAUUCUCCUCAUCCUGCUGCAGAAGCUGAUGGAGGAAGGGAACUUACUUUACAAGAAGGGACGUAUGAAGGAAGCAGGCCAGCGUUACCAGUAUGCCCUAAGGAAGCUACCACGUGAGGGGCAAGGAGAGGAGCUGAAAGGCUUGAAAGACCUGCGGGUCUCCCUCUAUCUAAACCUUUCACGGUGCCGCAGGAAAACCAACGAUUUUGGCAUAGCUGAGGAGUUUGCAACAAAAGCCCUGGAACUGAAACCAAGGUCUUAUGAAGCCUUUUACGCCAGAGCCCGGGCCAAGAGGAGUAGCAGGCAGUUUGCUGCAGCGCUGGCAGAUCUCCACGAAGCAGCACGACUCUGCCCGUCCAACCGGGAGAUCCGACGCCUGCUGGCACGAGUAGAGGAGGAAUGUAAGCAUCAUCAGAAGCUUUCCAGCAACAACUCGGCACAGGGUUACAACAGGGACCCUCACACCCACCAUCAUCAAGCCACAGAGGAGGAAAUGGAUGUCUUUUCACAGGGAAGUCUGGAAAGGCACAUCCCAGCAGAGCAGCCCGAUGCGGAGAAGGAAGAAGAAAAGGAGGAUGGUGAGGAGGUGAGCCUGCAGUGUGGGAAAAGUCCUGAAUUUUGGCCUCUGAAUCCAUACGCUCCGAACAGGACUCUCCCCGGAGCUGUGGCCUUUGGAUUAGGAGAUCAGUCGCCGAGCUUUCAUCAAGAGGAAUAUGUACAGAACCAGCUGUUUGUGGACAUGCCCGAGCCAGUUCCGGCUGUUAACAGGCAACUCCAGAGCCAGGGCAGCAGGACUCAUCACCAGUGCCACUCCCUCCAGUCAGGGAGCAGAAUUGGGGGCAGGCCUCUGUCUCUGUGCGGUCCUUCUAGUCCUUUGCCAGGUAGACACAUCUCCACCUCUCUGAGGCCUGCACCUGUUAUGGGUAUCGACAUCGGCCCUGGAUCCUGUGAACACUCUGGGCUCAGUCCUACUGAGCACUAUCACCCUAUGUCCCCCAACAGCUCCUCCCCACCUGGACCUCUGCAGAUGUACCAGCCGCGCUCCUCCAGCUUCUCCAGGGGCUCUGACAGGCUCUCUACCCACUGUGUGGCUCUGGAUGGCCUAGCGCUCGCUUUAGGUGCUGGUAUGGAGGUUAGGCGGGAGGGUGGUGGAGCAGGCACAACAGGCUCAAGGGGCUCCAGCUCCAGUCAGGCCUCCAGUGGGAACCUGUCAGAUGGGGGCAGGCAGCAGGCACCAGAUGCCCCGUGCCCCAUCAAGAGCAGCGGUAGCUUCAAGACAAAACCUGAGUUAAAGCCCCGGCCCUUUAUGGGGGUCAUGGACAAAGCGGUGCGAGUCAGCCAGCAGGCCUCUGGCCUGAGCCGGCAGGGAGGAGGGGUGGAGAGCUUCAGCAUGUCCGUGAUGGAGUUCCAAGGGCUGAACAAUGAGUUCAAACACGCAUCAUUCCAGGAGCAGCACUCUGUGAGCCAGAGCAACAGCCAGCAGCAGGGCCGUGAGUUUGGAGACCGGCUGCACCAGCGAGAGGGCAGAGGUACCACAUCCUCCCAGCUACGCUUCCCCGAGGGGAGGCACAGACAGGCGAGCCUGACGAGAGACAACCCAGCCCUGCACAUGGCUCCCAUAAAGCCCAAACGCUCUUUUAUAGAAUCCAACGUCUGAGCGUAGUUUCUCAAAGCACAGGAGCAGGCUGGUUUUUGCAACAAGCUAUGUCCCACAUUAGGUAGCAAGGGAGACGGGCGUGAGAGCGGCUCCCUUCCCUGAGCCUGUUUUGUAGAUUUAUGCUGCUGCACUGCAUUUACAAUCUAGAACCAGUGUUCAACUCAGGCUACUACGCUUUUGCUUACAUGUAUACAGGUAGUGUAUUCAAGAAGACCAGACAUACCUUAAGUAGGGAUUUAAAAUAAAAAAAAGAGUAGUCUAUUGUCUCAACUUUUAAUUCAUAAUAUCAAAUAUAGAAAACUGAGAAAGCUUUGUGCACGAAUAUACGAAACCUCACGCUGUUUGUUGCAGGAUAUGACCAUUUCUAUUGUGAAGUGUCUUUUAAAAAACAUUUAUAUUUGUACGGUGUACACUAUAUUUGCAGAUUAUCUAUUUCCCUGUAAGUGGUUAUCUGUUAGCAUUACAGGCUUCAGAACGGAUUACUUCGUGUACCCGAGAUCCUUUUUCUUGGUGCAUUUGACUAGAAAAACAAGCAAAAAAAAGGCAUUGUACAUGACAUUGUUGGACAGCUUCUUGUCAUAAUCUUACAAGUGACUGCUUCAGUAUUCACAGUAAAUGUUAUUUAUUUUUGCAUAGCAGAGAAAAUAUUCAUAUGAAGUGUUUAUUGGUUUAUUUAGACUUGAGAAAGAGCUUUUACAGAGUGUGGGAUAAAGAGAGAAAACAGAAACUUAAGACUUAAUAUAUGUUCAUAGUUGUCAUAUACACUUUUCAGAGUCAUACUAUGGAUUACAGAAUAUUACCACAUUAUUAUUGUGGUAUAAUAAAAUAUUCAUGGUUGA